AACAUCACCUAUGGUCCUCAAUGGACGCUGAACUGGACUGAGGUCACAUGACCAUGUUCUCAACCAUCUUUGCUGUAGUGCCAUUGGCAGGCUCCUGUGUGACUGGAUAUUUUAAUAUUCUUGUUGUGUGUUUUCUGACACUGAUCAAGUCCACGAGCCAAAACAGGUUGAUGUCAAAGGAAAGUUGCUUUUUUUAAAGGGAUCAAAACUUUUAUUAAAAGCUAAAAGUUUGGAACCGUUUAGAUUUCUCUGCCUCCUCCGUACCCUUUGGAAGUUGGUGAAGCUGCACCACAAUCUCCUACUUUACAGCUCAAUUAUGUAAAAGAGUGAAUUUAUCUUCAAUUUGAGGUUAAUUCUCUGAUAUCACAGAAUUUUGUCGAAGCUGAGAGAGUCGAAUUUACAGACUGGAUUCUGGUCGAUGGUAAAUAAAUCUGUGUGGUCUGCUGUAUUUGUCCUAUCAGUGCAGUUCCCACGUUAUAAAAACAUGAAUAUUACCACAGACAGAAACUUCUCAGCUCCCUUCAUGCUGCUAUUUUGGUCGGUGUCACAGCUCAUCCAAAAACCCGUCUGGAGGUAAAAAGUGAUGCAGACUUGAGUCUCAUUAAAGUUCAGAGUCUGGUUAAAUAUCCUUUGGGUGUUUAAUGACUGCUGAGGGGUUGUUGUUCAGACAACACCUGAGCAGAGGGUGUUACGUAACAAUGAGAGCCAGUGUUAUGGAGCUUCCUGUCUCUAUUCUCUGGCUAGUUCAGUUGUUAUUGAGUUCUGCAGUCAAGUCCAGCUGAGAGGAGGAGAAUCUGAGUUUUAAAGCAUUAGAAGGCGUCACAAACACCACCAAAUUUAUGCUACCGUUGGUUUUUAGAUACGACACUUUUGGGUCUGUUAAUAACCACAGAUCCUCCUGUUGGUACCACGGCUUGUCUUGCAUAGACUUGCACCAUCUUCCUUAACAAAAAUGUUAUAUUAGCAGAAAUCAGACCAACUGUGUUCACACCAGACACCUAUUAAACCAUUUUUCCAAGUGAAUAACAAGUGAAGUCAACGUACAGACUUAAUCAGGCGUGAGUUUUUGCCUCUGACCUGGGAAUGACACAAAUGAGGCGCCGCUUAGAGUGGAAAUAGAGCGAUUUAUGGGCACAAGUGAUGCAAGACUUCUCGCUUAGGAAGAAGAGAUUCAUUUAUCUGGAAUCAGGAAGAAGCUCAUCUGGAGGAAAGAGAAGGAGGCGGUCAGAUUAUAUAUAAUUAAAGUGAAUUAAGCGAGUAAAAACAGAAAGUUCAGGUGAAUGGAGUGAGUUUAUAAUCUCAGGAGCAUUUGAUGUGAACACAACAUUAAACUGACACACCUGGCUCCAUCUCGAUCACUUCUGAUCUAGGGCGGCAUGAUUUCGGCCAAAAAUGAAAUCCUGAUUUUUUUUUUCUCUGAAAACUUAAUUUUUUUUUUUUUUAAAUUUAGUGACAACUUCACCAAACUUCACUUAAAAAAUAAAAAGAUUUUCUGUCAUCUCUCAAAACGAAACCACUGAAAACGAUGUAGUGCACAUGCCAAGCCAUGGCUUCACUUUUACUUUCAACAGUUCUUUAAAACUUACUGUAUUUGGUUUAACUUAACUUUUCCUUUAACUUAGUUUUCUCUGCUCUGAUUCGCUGACUUGUAUUGCUCGCAGUAAAUCUCUGUCCUCUGUCCUCUUUUUAAUUUCACCAUGUACCACGACCGUACUCGCUGAUUCGGCACUUUCAAUAAAGCCGGUUACUCAAUUUCGGCUCUUCUACAACUCUGCUCUUCUACCUUUAAAGGGAAAAAUACGUCUUUAUCUUUGCUCAGAGAUUCCCUUUAACUGCAGCACACACACACACACACUCACACACACACACACACACGCUCACACACACACACACACACACACACACACUGACUUGUCUGACCUUUGUCCACUAUGGGGCAAGCCUCCGUUCAUCAGCCAAUCAAAAGGAGGCCAGCCAAGGCCCUGCCCACGUCACACAGCAGUCUGACGAUGUCCAAGCCUGAACUUACAUCACUUUUUUAAAGUGGGUCAAAGUUCACCGGCAGCUGCAGGAGGACGAGGGGUCUCCACAGCAAGAGAGUGACGCAGACAAACGUUUUUUUUUAGCUUGAAUCAGGGAUAUUUCUGCAAGAUUAACAAGAAAUGAGAAAGUCAAGAACUCUGUAAUGAUAUUUCUGUCAGUGUUUAAAGUUAAAUCAGAGGGAAACCUGCAAAAAAGCUGCAAACUCCCCCCCCCCACAAAAAAAGAUCCAGUUUAAAAACCAAGUCACAUCAAACUGGAUGUUUCAGUGAUGUAACCUUGAUUUUAUCCCUGCAUGAAAGCAUUUAAAUCCAAAGACAGCAGUAAACCGAUCCGUGCACACUCAGAUAUCAACACUAUACUUUCACUAUAAGUAAACCUGAAAAUGCUCUUUUUUUGGUUCAGUGUUUGACUUCUGCAGACAGUGUUGUUUCAGGUUUACUUACAUAAGUUUGCAUGUAAAUUAAAGAGUAUGCAGACUGUGAAAAACAGCUGCACACACACAUUCAGAUACUAUCCCUUUGGUUUUUUUCCAUGAUGGUACAGAGAGAAACAGUGCCAGUCAGGACACAGCAGUCUGUCUGUCUGUGUUUUGGACCUGAUCCCGGUCUCUGCUAUCAGUGUUCAGCGGCCGGCAGAGGAAACCGGUUACGUGAAGACGACAUUACGUCCUGCUGCUGAUUAAUGAUUCACCGGCUGCUUGUAACUCUCUGUUUUUCAGAUCUGGAGAGAACAACAGGUUCAUGCAAAUAGUUCAGAGGACGAGCCUCCUCUGACACACUCGCCUCCCCUCCUCCUCCACCUCCCUCUUCCCUCCCUCCUCUUGUGGGACAUCCCAGAGUAUAAAAAGAGGAAACCCUCUCCACAAAGAUACAACUUGACCAAGAGGGAGAAACAGCUCAAAAGCUCCUGAAAAGAGAGAAAUCUCGACUGAUGAGGCCAAGCUGAAGGCUCUCUGCUCCAGACUGACUAUUUAAGGUGAGUUGAUGUUGUCUGUCUUCACUGUUUUCUGCAGGGGGAGCGGAGUAUGCUGAAGGAUGCGGUUGCAUCACCCACAGUGUUAGAUGGAGUUUGCAACAGUUUCAGAGGAAGUUGUGAUGAAUUUCUUGAGAAAGAUUCUCUUCAGCCUGAAGUUCUGUUUAAACCAAGAAAAACUAGAGAUUUCAACACUUCAUUGUACUUUUCUGGAAAAGACUUUGGUGCAAAAACUGAUUAUAUGUCCUCUUUUUUUUCACUCUCUUUCUUAUACCCAUCCAUCCCCCACUCCUGCACCCUUGAACCCUUGAACCCCCUCCUUCUCCUCACCCUACUCUUACAAACUUUACUCUCACCUCCAUCUCUUCUCAUCUAAAUCUCCUCUCCAGGCUAGUCCACUCCUAUACCUCCUCUUCUCUUCCUUUUCUCCGUCUCUCCGCUCACUCUCGCUCCAGAAACCUCCACCAUGCCUCCUCAGCUUCAGUCCCAGAACCAGAGCGGUCCCAGGGUUCUGCAGGGCGACCUCAGCGCCCUCAGCCCGGCCGUCAGGGAGUUCAUAGAUGCAAACGUGACCCUGUGCCAGCCUGAGUCCAUCCACAUCUGCAACGGCUCUGAUGAGGAGAACCGAGCCAUCCUGACCCAGCUGGAGGAGCAGGGGAUGAUCAAGAAGCUCAAGAAAUAUGAGAACUGGUAGGUUGGAAAAGCGUGCAGCUGAUCGUGCGUCUUUAACAGUUGCAUAACUGUUUACUCAUGGUAGCUAAUUAUUUCCAAUUAACUCAUAAAGACCGAUCAUAAAUGUAUUUUUGACAAUCAGCCGUCAUAGUAACCUGUGAGGAUAGCAGCCUCAGCACAUUUGGCAGAUCUCUCCGUCAUGUUGUUGUUAAAGACAAUGUGCAUUCGUCAAUCCUGAGCAGCUGUUUGAAUGAAUAACAUACCAAGGAAAGGUCUGCAUUCUCACAAACCUGUAAGUCCAGCUCUCUCUGUUACAUCACGGCUCUUCAAAAGAAGCUGUCGGACAAAUAAGUGCUCAUACGGCGUUUCUUCAGGUGUAAGGUCAACUUAAAAUAUUCUGUUUGUUCGCCCUGAAGCUCAAAAUUUGCAUUUACCUCUCAGGAAGGAACUUGUUUUUCAUCAACAAACAGUAAACUAGCCUUGAAGCUGCGAGGAAAUAUUCUCAGGAUUGUUUUUUUAAACAGACAGACAUGGGAAUUUCUGACAUUAUAUUAAGUUUCUUAUGGACAGAUUAAAAAACAGUUUUCUCAUGCAUGCAUACAUCUUAACCAGCCUUGCAGAACCACGCCUUGGUGAUCUGUACACUCUCCACAGUUUGCAUACUGCACUCAGACCUCAAAGUCUAGCUGUAUUCCCUUUAACUGUCCAUUUCCAUACAUGUAUAUUGUUUUUAUUUAUUUUAAAAGUGUUUUAACUGUGUUCUUAAUGCCUGUACAGUGUCCUUGGGUGUCCAGAAAGGCGCUUUUAAAUAAAAUGUAUUAUUAUUAUUAUUAUUAAUUCACAAGAGGAAGCUGUGGGAUUGUUUGCUGACUGUGAAUAUCACUUUAGGCCCAAAGGAUAGCAUCGACUCAUUUGUACUGAGAGUCAAGAGAAGAACUGAGAGCUGAGAAGUCUGUAUUUUUACUAUCCGACACAGAACCAGUUAGCUUUGGUCAGACAGGAUCAGGUCCAGGAGUAAUGAAGUGAAAUAGUCUGUCUUACCGUAGAGGUAACAGCUCUUGCCCUCUGACCGUACACCGGCUCAUGGACGGUAAUCCGAUUAUGUGUACGUUACAACCUGCUUCAACCUGCCUGUCCUGUUUUGUCUCUAACUACACCAAAGUUAUCUAAAAUAUGUUCUUAAUCACUUCUUCUCUACUUUCUCCUCCUACAGCUGGUUGGCCAGAACCGACCCACGAGACGUCGCCCGUGUGGAGAGCAAGACUGUGAUUGUAACCCCGGACCAAAGGGACACAAUUCCAACACCUGUAGGCGGUGGAGUCAGCCAGCUGGGCCGCUGGAUGUCCCCGGAAGAGUUUGACAAGGCCAUGGGUCAGAGGUUCCCAGGCUGCAUGAAAGGUAAGGUUCAGAGAGGUCAAUACAGAGUCUGACAUAACCAUGGGUAUGUUAGUGAAAUGCACGACUAAUACCUCUGACUCUGUCCUCAGGCCGUACCAUGUAUGUGAUUCCCUUCAGUAUGGGUCCAGUUGGUUCCCCUCUCUCUAAGAUCGGGAUUGAGCUGACGGACUCUCCCUAUGUGGUCGUCAGUAUGAGGGUGAUGACCCGUAUGGGGACUGAUGUGCUGUCCGCCCUGGGAACCGGCGAGUUUGUCCGCUGCCUGCACUCCGUCGGCUGUCCUCUGCCACUCAAGAGUAUGUUAACAACUUCAGCAUGUUAAUCGAUUCCACAUAACUGAGGUUAAACAACUGGUCACCGUGUUGUACUCCAACUUAUUCCGAUUUUACUGUUUCCCUUCUAGAACCCCUGGUGAAUAACUGGCCCUGUAACCCUGACCAGACACUAAUUGCCCACAUCCCAGACCGCAGGCAGAUCGUCUCCUUCGGUAGUGGAUACGGAGGAAACUCCUUGCUGGGAAAGAAGUGCUUUGCCCUGCGAAUUGCCUCACGAAUUGCAAAGGAGGAGGGCUGGUUGGCAGAGCACAUGCUGGUAAGGAACUGACAUGAGGCCUCUUGUAGAUCUACCCCACAAAGACCUUUUGUCUUACCUUUGUCUCUUUGUCUCUCAGAUCCUGGGCAUCACCAACCCUGCUGGGGAGAAGAAGUACAUGGCAGCAGCUUUUCCCAGUGCCUGUGGGAAAACAAAUCUGGCCAUGCUUUGCCCGACGCUGCCCGGCUGGAAGGUCGAAUGUGUGGGAGACGACAUUGCCUGGAUGAAGUUUGACGAUCAAGGCAAUCUGCGUGCCAUCAACCCUGAGAAUGGCUUUUUUGGAGUAGCACCAGGCACCUCAGCAAAAACCAACCCCAAUGCCAUGGCAACCAUCAUCAAGAACACAGUUUUCACAAACGUUGCAGAGACCAGUGAUGGUGGGGUUUACUGGGAGGGGAUGGACCAGGUGCUACCCGAAGGAGUCAGCAUCACAUCCUGGAAGAAUAAGCCCUGGAGCUCCCAAGAUGGUAAGACCUCAAAACAGACCUGACAGAGAGGAAUUGAAGACAUUAAAGGUUUUGUUGUUGUUGAUAAAUCUGAAACAAAGCUCACCCUCUGGUCUCUCUUCUGUCUAGGCGAACCCUGCGCUCACCCCAACUCACGUUUCUGCACUCCGGCCGAUCAGUGUCCCAUCAUCGACCCACAGUGGGAGUCUCCAGAGGGAGUCCCCAUUGAGGCCAUCAUCUUUGGAGGGCGCAGGCCAGAAGGUGAGCAAGAGCUGCUUGGAAAACCAACUAAUGACAAACAGAAAAAAAUGAGAGAAGAGACGAGAUAAACACACGUUUUAACUCAAACCUGCGCUUCCUUUCCAGGUGUUCCUCUGAUUUAUGAGGCUUUCAGCUGGCAGCAUGGAGUGUUUGUUGGAGCAGCCAUGAGAUCUGAAGCGACUGCUGCUGCUGAACACAAAGGUCAGUAUUUAAUGGGGUUUUUCUUGACAAGUCCUGACCACCACUAAAUGGAUUGUUAGGAGUUUUCUCAAACUAAUGGCGGACUAAGAUGUUCACUGGGUGCAGGGAACGGGGUUGUCAUUUGGGGUGAACACAGAGAUACUGACCUGCUCUCUUGUCUUUCAUUGUCGGAUUUUCAGGCAAAGUGAUCAUGAACGACCCCUUUGCCAUGCGUCCCUUCUUUGGCUACAACUUUGGUCAGUACCUCUCUCACUGGUUGAGCAUGGCCGACCGUCCCAGCGCCAAACUCCCCAAAAUCUUCCAUGUCAACUGGUUCCGCAAGAGUCCAUCCGCCGGAUUCCUCUGGCCCGGUUUCGGCGACAACAUCCGUGUCCUGGACUGGAUGUUCAGGCGGAUAAAUGGCGAGGCUGGCGCCAUGCCCUCAGCGGUCGGCUACCUGCCCUGCAAGGACUCCCUGAACCUCCAGGGCCUGCAGCAGAACGUGGACCUUGAUGAGCUGUUCUCCUUGGAUCAGGAGUUCUGGCAGAGGGAGGUGGAGGAUGUUAGGAAGUACUUCACCACGCAGGUGAAUGACGACCUGCCGAACGAGGUUUCCCGACAGCUGGAGCUGUUGCAGCAGAGAGUGAAGCAGAUGUAAAGAGAAGAGCUAAAAAGGAAAGAAUAGAGAAACAUGUUAGCAUCUCUGAUGUAGCAUGGCGGUAAUUCUAGAACUGCUUGACUUGUAUUCUAGAACUUUACGUGACUAAUUCUAGAACGGUGAAUGUUAGCUCUGUAGCGGUAGACCAGAAUGUAAGCGAUUCCAGGAUUUUUAAUUUCUGAUUCAGUUUCUUUCUUUUCUUGUUGUUUCGUUAGUUAGAAAUCUUCUUCCUGCAUCUGUGAGCUGAGGAUGUUAACGUGAAUGUUUAUCUCUGCUGUCGUAGCAGCUUUGUUUCAAACCAAUGUAAUUUCUUGCUUUAUACCAUUCCCAUAUUUAAUGAUAACUUAUUAUGCACAUCAUAUGUUCACAGCCAUAUGAGUUCUUAUGGCGCAGAAAGAGUGAAUGAGUCCUUGUUAGCUCAUCUUCAGUGUUGUUUGACCUCCUGAAAAAGGUGGAAAUUAAUGUUCUUUUGUUCUUGCUGUUAUUUUUAGCUUUAAUUUAUUUUUGUACACUGUUGUUGUCUCUUGUUUCAGUUUGUUGUAAUCUUAAAUCCCAAAGAGGGGAGAUGAAAUAAAGUUAUUUAAAUGUAUCACUACUUCUGAUGAACUUGUUUGUGCAACUGGCAUCAACGUAAAGGUUUUUAAUAGAACUGCAACAAUGCAAAGUGCUGUUGGGCUGAAAAAGGACAGAUGAUCUGAAACCACCCAAACUAAACAUGCUGCAAAAAAGCUGAAAUGACACAACUUCAAAAACACAUUAAAAAAAACAAACAAACAAACAAACAAAAAACAAUCUUGAUGACAAAAUAUGCUGCAAAAAGCCAAAACAGCUGCUAGUGCAACAAAAGCA